AUGACAGACAAUAAUCCAUUGACAUAUGUACUUACCACAGCCAAGUUGGACGCCACAGGACACCGCUGGUUAGCCUCCUUAUCGGAUUAUAAUUUCACCAUCCACUACAGAUCAGGCAAAGCUAACACAGACGCGGACAUCCUGUCAAGGCUGCCAGAGAAGAAAGAAUCGGAGAAGGUCAACCUGGAAUCAAUUAAGGCUAUCUGUGAUGCCAUUCAAGUUCCAAGCUUAUUUGAGAGCCUCAGUAUGUCUGCAUCGGAAAUCACAGGAGAGGAAGACAUCACUGAUGAGAGAUGUGAUUUCAAUGCAAGAGACUGGAGACGAGCUCAGGCAAAGGAUCAAGAACUUGGUAUCAUCACUGACCAUCUACGGAAUAGGAUCAAGCCAGACAGGACUAAGUUUAUUGCACUUCCAGGUGUGACCAAGCUGCUCAAGCACUUCCAUCAACUGGAGUUGAAACGAGGAGUUCUGUAUCGUGUAGUCAAGGCAGCAGAUGAAACACAGGAGCAACUUGUGCUGCCAACAAGAUGCCGCCCAGCCGCUCUCAGGAGUCUACAUGAUAACAUCGGCCACCCAGGGAGAGAUAGGACCCUAUCACUGAUCAAGGAAAGGUUUUACUGGCCAGGAAUGACCAAAGACGUUGAAGAGCAUGUUCAGCAUUGUGUUCAGUGUCUUAGGAGGAAAACACCAACAGGAGGAAGAGCACCACUUGUCAGCAUCCAGACCUCACAGCCACUGGAGCUUGUCUGUAUGGACUUCCUCACUCUUGAACCAUCUAAAGGAGGACAGGAACAUGUGCUUAUCAAGCAGUCCAGGACAACUCCCUAUCACCCCAUGGGAAAUGGAAUGUGCGAGCGUUUCAACAGGACUUUGUGUAAUAUGCUCGGGACCCUUCAACCGGACAGCAAGAAGAACUGGAAAGCCCAUGUUGGACCUCUAGUACAUGCGUACAACUGUACGAGGCAUGAGUCGACUGGAUUUGCUCCGGUCUUCUUGAUGUAUGGUCGCCAUCCACGCUUGCUUGUUGAUAUCGCAUUCGGACUUGACAUGGAGCCAAGCAAGUCAAGGACCACAGCAGCAUAUACCAAGGACCUUAAGGAACGACUCACUCAAGCCUAUGACAUCGCCUCCUCCGCAGCUAAGAAGUCACAGAAGAGGCAGAAGACUCAAUAUGAUCAGAGAGCCAGGGCAGCUGUGUUAGAGGAAGGAGACAGAGUCUUGGUGAAGAUCCUUGCAUUUGACGGACGGCACAAGCUUGCAGACCGAUGGGAGGAAGAUGUGUAUGUGAUUCUGGAGCAGCCUAAUCCAUCCAUACCAGAUGAAGCGCCAACACCGAAGCUAAGAAAACGGAAGUCAUUGCCACCACCUCAAGUGCCACAGGAUAACCAGGACAUACCAGACAACACCACAGCCAGCAUCUCCGAGGACGGAUUUUCAGAGGAAGGAGAGGAGGAAGUAGUGAUUGUUUCCAUCUACCCAUCCGACAGUUCAGGGUCAGCUACUGCACCAGCUGACAGGCCACCUGAAGAGGAGCCAGCUAAGGAUAUUCAGGACGUGGUUCAAGUCGAUGGAGAGGAAAGGACAGGAGACUCUACUCAGGAGGUUGAGCAGGACCAACCGACAGAAGACCCUCCAGCUGAGCAUGUGGAUGUUCCACCCGACAGAGAAGUUGCUGAGCCAAUGGCAGCACCGACGCCACAACCGCGGAGAUCCCUCAGGGAACGACGGCCACCGGAGUGGUUGAGAAGUGGAGAGUUCGCCCUAUCAGCACAGUCAACAGCCCAGACCGCAACGCCGCCGGAUUGGCUCAUCAGAGCUAACUUCUUGUCUGCAGUCCUACAAGACGGGAUGCUCGAGAACCAGCCAGCCAACAUCAGAGAAGCCAUGAUUGCGCUCAUCACUAGCCAGAAAUGA